ACCAUGCGAGGAGUAAAGCGGACAGGAGAUGUGUCUUGUAGGUCUAACGGGAGCGCAUUGGCAUGUGUCACAGGGUAGGGCCGUAUGUGGCUCCCCAAGGUUACACCAAGCCAGUGCAGAGCAAAUCAGGCGACUUAUAUUUAGCCUUGCAAAUGGCGCUCUAUGGAUUAUGUCUUGGGGCUCUCCGGUUUCGUCUUCAGUGCGUUUUGCUACAUGAAGGGGGGCUCUGGAGCGUGAAGAAGCUGCUAUUCAGGUAAGAAGCAGGUUCAGGUCUUCUUCUUCUUCUUCUACGCCGACCCUGAAGAGCAGCUCUUUUCCCCUCUGCACCGGGUCUUUUCUGCUCACUUGGCUCCACUCUCUUAAACUAAAAAAAGUAUUUGAAGUAUUUCCCUGACUCUUCCUCUGGAGGUGGAAAGGCUAUUCAGGGCGUCCAGAAGACAGAACUGAAGGUUGAGUCUUCAAAUACCAGCACCGGACAUUACACACACUGGUUAUUAUAGUUUUUUUUUUUUUACCAGACUGUUGAUAUUUGGGAUCAAAUAUGGAUGUGCUGGCCUUAGAGGCAAAGAAAGAAACCGGUCCAGAACCUGAGAAGAAAUCUGCACCAAGGCCGAAAGCAAAACCUCCGAAAAAGGCCAAAAGGAUUGUAUACUUUGAGGUUGAGAUUGUGGAUUUGAAAACCAAGGAGAAACUUCUGCUGCUGGACAAGGUGGAGCCGACUGCCACUAUUCUGGACAUAAAGGCUUUGUUUCAUAAGUCAUAUCCAAAGUGGUAUCCAGCCAGACAGUCCCUGCGUUUGGAUCCAAAGGCAAAGUGUCUGAGGGAUGAAGACGUUCUCCAAACACUUCCUGUGGGAACUACGGCCAGUUUUUACUUCAGUGACCUAGGACCCCAACUCACAUGGGGAACUGUGUUCCUGACAGAGUGUGCUGGUCCACUGCUCAUCUACCUGAUGUUCUACUUCCGUCUUCCCUUCAUCUACCAUCGGAAAUAUGACUUUACCACCAGCAAGCUGUGGGUUGUGCACCUGGCCUGCAUGUGUCACUCCUUCCACUAUAUCAAAAGGAUCUUGGAGACACUGUUCGUCCAUCGUAUCUCCCAUGGGACCAUGCCUCUCAGAAACAUAUUUAAAAACUGUGGCUAUUACUGGUGCACGGCAGCUUGGAUGGCCUACUACAUUAACCACCCGCUGUACACCCCACCCUAUUACGGGCAGCAGCAAGUGAAUACAGCAUUUUACAUUUUCUUGUUCUGUCAGCUGGGGAAUUUUUCCAUCCAUGUUGCGCUUCGUAACCUCAAACCUCCAGGUUCAAAAGUGAAGAAGAUUCCUUAUCCGACAAAGAAUCCUUUCACAUGGAUUUUUUUCUUGGUUUCUUGUCCGAACUAUACCUAUGAGCUGGGCGCCUGGAUCGGCUUCACAGUGAUGACUCAAUGUGUGCCAGUGGCUUUUUUCACCGUGGUGGCCUUCGUUCAGAUGGCUGUGUGGGCCCGAGGCAAACACCGCGGAUACUUAAAGGAGUUCAGAGAUUAUCCUACGCUGCGCUCCUCCAUACUCCCCUUCAUCUUGUAGAGCCUGGCAGAGAAACUCCACUACUGUCAGCCACAUCCAGGUCCUUUACACACACCUCCACUCUGAGGUAAACAACCACGGCUGGAUUUCCACCAUACCAAGCCUCUUUGUGUGGUUAAAAGUGAUCCUGAGUGUCGACCUGGAGAAAAGGGGACUGUCACAGGCAGAGGAAGCCUUCAGAGUCUUAAUUUAUGUUGUGAGAAAGAGCAAAAGGAUGAAAAAUAUAGGAUGUCCUUUUUAUUUUGCUACUUUAAGCUGUAAAAUGUUUGACGGAGAGUGCUGUUUGUGUAGUUUUUCCUUCACUUUUACCAGUAAACGCUCAGUAAACCCCAUUAGUUGUGGAUUACAAAAUGUAUGCUGUUCUUGUUUUUCUUCUACUGUGGGUGAGGAAAAAUUCUAUCUGCUCCUGAUCAAGCAGAUUUUUGGCGUUGGAAAACAACAUCUGCACACUGCUGUCAGCAUGGUGAAGAGCUAUUAUUUGUCCAACGAACUAUGGAGAGAUGUUUGUUUCUUUAUGCAUCAAUCAAAUAGAAUAGAUUUGCAACCAAAAACAAAAAAACAAAAAAAGAUUUGAGAGCAAAAGGCAGUAAGUGGCAAUAAAAAACAAACAAAAAAAAAGAUUUGCUUAGAAAUCAUUCUCUUUGCUUGAAAGUUAAAAACAUUUACUGCAGUGUUUUUCAACCUUGGGGUCAGGACCCUGUGGU